AAAUGUGGCGUGUUAGGAAGUAAAAAUUCCAAAAAUGUCAUCCACUCUACAGUCGCCAGCAGUAAAGCGAGAAAAUCUGGAGGACAAGCACGAAUUUCCCUUGAGGUCCAUCGAGGUCAAAAUGGACACUUUCAUGCAGGCAGUCAAAAGGACUGCGAUGAACCCGUCGCCAAACGUCCAGCAAGUGACGUACAGACGCGAGGAGCUCAAAGCAAUGGCCGAGGGCAUCCAGAAAACGAGGAACAGUGCUAAAAACUUUAGCAGUCUCCUGAAGCUUACCAUUGCGUACAUCAUAGAAAACAGGAGUGCCUUCGUACCAGACCCAAGUGCCAUUUUCUUUUGCACCAAAAUCAAUCCGUUUAGAAAUGUCCCAGACAAGGUGUUGAAAAGCCUUUUGCCGGCGGUGGUCGACGCCUCCGACGUGCCAAGCACGGAAAAACUGUGCCUGCUGAUGUGUCUUUUGAAUCGGAACACCCUCGAGUUCGAGUCGCUGUCGCGGCUGGAAAUUUCUGAAAUCCGCGACUCCGAAAGCACCAUCUUCAGGCACAUGCUGCAGAACUGCCCCGCAAUCGAGCAAGCCAGCGUCACGCAGGCCGUGCUGAAGAAUUUCAGCGUCGUGCCGCGGAUGCGGCGCGAGGACAUCUUUCCCUUGAUGGCCGCCAAGUGGAGGAAACUCAAAGUCCUGCACGUCGACAUCUCCUGCUUCGGCAACGUCAGGGACGAGUUCGCUUCUUGCCCUCAACAGGAGCAUCCUCUCAAAAUGAUCUGCGACAGUUUGCCCAUCCUCAGCGACCUUGACGUGACGAUUCAACCUGACCACAUGACCCUCCUGGAAGCCAGGUGUUUCGAGCGCAUGCGGCACCUGAAAAACCUCAGCCUGACCUUUGCCGGCGACAUCGACAUGAAGAUUUGCAAGAUCGUGGUGCACCUGGUUGGCAAGACUCCCAACCUGCGGGAGUUCAACCUGGACGUCAACAGGGACUAUUUGAAAAUCGACGUCAGUCCGGUCUACGGAGACAUUGUCAGGCGGUACGACCUUGACAGCCUAUUUGUUGAACUCUACGCUGAGCUCUACCCAGCCAAGACUUUGCUCCUGAGAAAUUGCUGGGUGGACGUGUCGCGGGUGGGCAUUUGGCCGGCGAUUCUCUCCGUGCGACACCUUCGCGUGAUGGGCAAAGUGUUCAACCUGAACAUCGCGGCGCUGCCGUACGAGGUGUCUGCGCUGUCCACCGAGUACAUGCCGCUUCCGAUCGUCUACGCUCUGCUGCACCUGCUCGGCGCCAACCUGUCUAGCCUGACGGUGCGCGUCAUGGACUGCUUCUAUGGCGCCGAGCCGGAGGAAAUCGACAUCUUCGCCGUCAUCAGCGCCUGUCCCGCUCUCAAACACCUGCGACUGAACACGCCGGGAACUGUCGCUGGACACUCUGCCUACCGACUUGCCCCUGGACAAUUCAAAAAGCUUGAAACUUUUAGCAUUGAUAGCAACGUGUACGAGAAGAUCGACCCUAGGUUCUCGCAGCUGUUCAAGAAGUUCUUCCUGGAGAGCCAAACCAGGAACAAGAGUCAUUGCGUGGAGAGUGCUUGCGAGCUGAGAGCCAUGCACUGGGCCCUGAAAGAGCCCAGCGCCGGCACCUGCCUCGACGAGCUGGAGGAGCUCAAACUAAAAAAAAUCCCCUUUGGACUUGGACAGGCUGACAUCCUUCCUGUCAUUGGAUAUCUGGUGGAGCGGUCUCCCUUCCUGAAGAAAGUCAAUGUCUUCAGGCAAAUCCACGCGUUUUCGCCGCCGAAAUGGUUUGAAUGCGUGCUGAAGUCUGUCGGCGUCACCAUGGAAUAUUCAGCCGACACCCGAAGCGACGAUUGCAUUUUUUGAUGCGGAUGAUUUCAGACUAUAAUUUUAGAUUUUAUGGUAUUUUAACUAGAUCGUAAUUAGUAUGUAAAGUGACGCUGGGAGCCGACUCUCUAAAAAUGUUUUAAUUACGUAUUUCACGAAUGUGCGAGAAAAUAAAUAUUUGCUUUAAUAAAGCGGUCAUUAAACACUAA